AUUUCAUAUUAUCAUAUAUAGCGGUCCGUAUUCAAGCCUCAAUGGAUUUGAGCGUUGAUCCCUGCGAUGAUUUCUACCAAUUUUCGUGUGGAGGCUUCAUGAAACAACAUCCUGUCAAUGGCUCAUCUAUCUCUAUAUUCAAUCAAGUUUUUAAUUUAGACUCAGCCUUUGACUCACUAAAAGAGGAUUUAAUCAAAAUCCUUGGAAAUGAUUCUUCACUGGAACAAGCACGAAAUUAUUUAGUUCAUUGCGCAAAGACCGAAAUUGAAUCACUGUCUGAGAUUGAUGAGGACACAAGGAAUCGAUGUGUCAAAGAAACAAUUUACAAAUACAAAUGGAUUCUUGGUGCUGCCCAGGGAGACGAACAAGACGGAAAAUUGAAAGCACUUGGGAACAUGCUCAACGCCGUUAAUAGUGCGUUUGCAAAGAUUGUAAACGGAAGCAAGUGGAUGGACGAGACGAGUAAAAAUGCUUCAAUCGACAAAGUUAAAGACAUCACUGCGAUUGUUGGCAAUGAAACUUGGAUUUUCGUCUAUGACGAGCCACCAGAAAAAUUUAGAAGAUCGAUAAAUCCGUUAGCUACGAAUGCUUUCUACGCGUUUGAAAGAAACGCAAUACCUGUUCUAACGGCGAUUUUGAAUCCUCCUUUAUUUGGAAUGGGUCUUGAUGCUUUGGACUAUGGAGCGAUGGGAUCCGUUCUUGGCCAUGAAUUGGCGCGUAGCUACGCCAUGUAUUGUGCGUCUUGCAGAAUAUUUCGGUUUCUUCCUCUUUUUAUAGUUUUUCUCUCUAGAUUAUGAUAAAUUUGGCAAACCUGACAUGCUAUGGACACAGGACACUGCUGCAAAUUUCAUGAAAAUCAAGGAAUGUUUCGUUGCUCAAUAUGCCAAGGAGUUUCAAAAUUUCAUAACAAUUAGGAAAAGUGAAACAGGAGAUGUUGACGGCGUGAGUACCAUGAAUGAAAACAUUGCUGACAACAGCGGACUCACAGCUGCCUUCCGCGCUUACAAACGAAUAAGACCAGUACCUAAAAAACAGACUUUGAAAGGACUAGAGAGCUACACUCCAGAUCAGCUUUUCUUCCUGGCCUACGCAAACGCUCUCUGCUCGAGCGAAACAGCGGAAUUCACGGAAUCAACCAUUUUAAGCAAAAAAACCGGAUUGAGUCCUUUCAGGUUCAGGGUCAACGUGCCGCUGAAGAACUUCCAACUCUUCGCCAAGGCUUGGAACUGUCCCCGCGGCUCAAAAAUGAGCCCUUAUAAAAAUGAUACGUGCAAAGUUUGGUAGAAGAUUCUUGUAUGAAUUUAAAUCACUGUUAAAAUAAAUUUUUAACGAAGAUUAAAAAAAUAAGGUUUAAAAUUUAUUUUUAUUGCGGAUCAGCAAAAGAACUUUACCCCAUACAACCCUAAAUUAAAUUAGAAACAACUAAAAUGUCUCCAUAGGGAAAAAAGGGAAAAUCAGUCUGUAUCUCUUUAUCAAAAAUAAUAUGGCAGUGACAAAUCGUUUAAUUCUUCGUGAAGUUUGGAAAAUUUGGAGCGUCAACUGUUACUCUCCCGGAGUUUGUUUGUUGAGUAUUCUUCAGAUCAUUAUUAGAACUAUAUAAAUUUGAUUAUUAGUCAACAGUUUCAAAUUAAUCCUAUGUACAUCAGUCACCACUUUAAAAUGAGCUAAAGUGAGAGAGGCGAGCGCUCCAUGUCUUGUGAUUAUGCAACUCGCAGAAACGCUCUGCUCGGCGGAACAGUAUAUCCACUUCUGUGUAAAGCUUACAAUACACCAUAUCGAUUGACUUAUUGUUAGCCGAAGAGAGAAACUUACACUUAAAAUCCUUAGUCAAACUUUUUAAGGACGUUCAACCUAGAAGCCUCCUCAAGAAACGGUCACAUGCGUUAAAUAAAUUGGAUUUUUGUUAGUAUUUUUUUAUACCUACUCAUGUUAUUUUGUAAAUAUUUAUUCAAGCCACACAGAAAUGUGCACUCGUAUGCCACAACACCAAAAGCAGAAAAAAUUCUAACAUACCUGAAUAUACUUCAAAGCGUUUCUAGCAAUGGAUCGUUGUGUUUUGGUGCUGCUGCUGGUUUUGCUUCCGAUUAUCAUAGAAGGUAAGUGAGCUGUUUUCUCUUCAAAAUCAGCGUUAGGAAAUGAUUAAAUAAAAAAAACUGAAUUUAUUGCAGGGUGCUCGAGUAGAGCAUCAUAUUAUCCACUUCGACGAAACGAUACUAGAGGGUGCUAUUCAGAAGAAUGUGUUGGUAUCGUGGACAGUUUUCGGACGACGAUGGACCUAACGGUUGAUCCAUGUGAAGAUUUCUACCAAUUCGUUUGCGGCGGAUACGUGGAAAAUAAAACAGUCGACGAAAUGUUGGAUUUUGAUUCAGAACCAAGUUUCAAUUUGGCCUCCGCUUACAAUGAUGCGAUGAACACCGUGUACAGUAUUUUUGCCGACAGUUCGAAAGAAGAAUUUCUUCUGAGGAGAGCACGAUUGACCUUUCGUCCGUGUAUGCGCAAAAACGACGGUCUUUCCAGCAACUAUUUAAAUUGCUACAACGUGACAAAGUCUCAUUUCAACUAUUUGCUCGGUGCUGUGUACGCUAGGAAUGAUCACCAAGAGCAGGAAAAGCGGGGAAAGAUUAAAAAAGUGCAGGACAUGCUCAAUGAAGUUAGGUUUUCGUAUGCGACGAUUGUGAACCAGAGCAGGUGGAUGGACGAAACGUUUAAGGAAAGAUUUGCAGAAAGCGCAGCAAAUAUCACGGAUGUAAUUGGAUAUGAACCAAUUGUUUUGGACCAUCUCGCAGAUGAUGACAAACUGAAAAAAGCAUUUAAUCCACUCAGCACUGACGCCAUCUUCUCAGAAGAGAGAAAUGCAAUCUUUGUGCCCCUGUUGAUGAUGAACCCUCCAGUUUUGAACCGAGGACUUGGGUUGAAAGCUUUAGAUUAUGGUGCGAUGGGAGUCAUCCUUGGCCAAUUAAUAGCGAAGAGCUACGUCUCAUUUGAUACCGAGAACUCUGGAUAUUAUUUUACCAAACCGAAGUCCCAGUUGGAAUUUCAGCGUCGCAAGAAUUGCUACGAAAAUCAAUACGCCAAAGAAUUCAUAGAGUUAAUCAAUUUAAUGGAAAUCGGUAUUUUUCCAAUUUAUGAUGAGCCAACUCUAGAUGCAGACUUUGCGGACAAUGGCGGCUUGCAAGCCGCAUUCCACGCUUUCCAACGAAUCAAGGACCAAUCCAAAAAUAUCCAGCUCGAGGAAUUUGGAAACUUCUCUCAAGAAAAGCUCUUCUUUCUUUCCUACGCCAAAAUGAUGUGUUCGAAUGAAAUUAUUGAUUCCUCGAAAACCGCGAGAAUAUUGAACUUAAAGAAAGGUUUCAGCCCUUCCAAAUUAAGGGUGAACCUACCUCUAAGGAACCUGAAAGCAUUCGCCCAGACGUGGCAAUGCCCUCUUGGAUCAACGAUGAACCCUGGAGACAGUAGCAUUUGCAAUAUGUGGUAGACGGAGACUUAUUGUUAGUCAAAAAUUAAUAAUAGCAGCGGGGGCCAGGUGUGCGAUAAAAUUGGUUCGCACUGCGCAGAUUCAAGAUGGCGUCUGAAUGUGGGAAGCAAAAAGCUCUCUUUGGAUUCCCGUAAAAGUGUCAAGAGUUUGUUUUUACGAUCCAAAAGACACAUUUAGUACAAGCACAUAAUGCAAAUUAUGCCACAAUAUUAACCGGUUGACUUGGUUCUUUACGCGAAUUUUUCACGUGACCGUUUUUUCAUGUCAUACUCCACCGGACGCCAUACUUCCGCGUCGCACGAAUCUGGCCCCCGCUGAAUAAUAAUUUCAUAUACAUUUUAUGUCUUUAUCAAAUUUUUUAAUAAUUUAAUGUAUUCAAUUAUUGGAUUUAAGUGGGACAGAUUUUACAAAAUGUUUAAAACGCGAUUAAAUAUAAAUUUUAUAAGGUUUGCGAGCUUACAAUUAUUUCCCCUGGCUUCUAAAAAGUACUCCUUUUGAACAGGAAUAUAUAGAGUGAUAAUCAAUGAUCAUACCGCGUUUUAAUUAAAUUGGAAAAAAUUGUGUUUUCCCAUCAUUACAUCGGAUAUUAGGCAUAUAUAAACAUUUUAAGGCGGUCUUAAAACGGUUCUAAAAGCUUUUGUUAUUCUUCAGUUUUUGUAAACGAUUUUAAAUAUAUUGUUAUUAAUUAACCGUAAUUUGAGCGUUGCUCUUCUCACUUGCAGCUGUCACGAUUUAUCACAAGCUUCAUAGCUCAGGAGGUAUUUUGCUUUCUCUUUUCCUUGCUAACUUUUUAAUUUUAACUCGUUACCAAUAAUUUAUUUUAUUGUUUAACAAAGAUAGAGGUAUUCUAUAUAAUUCUGACAAGAAAAGGGUUUGCGUUCGAUUGCUGCUUUGACUGCAGCUGAGAAGACAUUUGGCUCGAGUAUGCCGAAAAUGUUUUGUUUCAGACAAUCUGUGAUCGUUUGCAUUUUGAUUCUGCUUUGCCUGCUGAUAGCAGUCUUUGUCUUUGCUGGGGAAAAAAAUACACAUCAAAGUUAUGACUAUCAUGAUGAAAUCGAAGUCUGCUCAUCAAAGGCGUGUCAAGAAACAGCGAAACGCUGGCGGGGAGCAAUGGAUUUGACUGCGGAUCCGUGCGAAGAUUUCUACCAAUACGCGUGUGGAGGAUUUAUUGCUAAACAUGCGACCAACAGCGAUUCAAUAAAAUCUUGGGACCAAUCUUUCAACUUUCGAUUGAGCUUUGACACAAUGACCGAUUAUGUAUCCAAUAUGCUCUUCGAUGAACAAUUUGAGGAGGAAGUUUUGAGGCAUGCACGGUACAGCUUCAUUUCUUGUGUCUUUCCUAAUGAAAUCAUUGACAUAGGCGACAUUCUAAAUUUUUAUAGCGUGACAUCAAUCCACCCCGCGAGAGUGAAGGCUUGCACCACUAGCGUAAUGCGAAAAUUCACCUGGGCCAUAGGUGCUGCGUUCGUCAGGCAGGAUCCGCAAAAGGAAAAUAUUGGAAAGGUUCGACACAUGCUAAACGAAAUCAAGCUUGAGUUUUGGAAGAUUGUGAACGACAGCUCGUGGAUGAUUGAUAACUUCAGUUUGGAAGAGAAAGCCUUGAAAGUAGAAAGUCUGACCGAAAUAGUUGGCUACGACCCUUCGUUUUUAACUGACACUGAGAAGCCGAAAGAUUCGUCCUUUGUAAGGGAACGAGGUCCUCUCGCUAAGAGUGCUGCCUAUUAUUCUUCCGGAAAUAUUUUCUUUGUGCCGCUGAUGAUCAUGUACCCUCCAUAUUUCCAUCUCGGUCUUGAUGUCUUGGAAUAUGGUGCGAUUGGAGCCAUUAUUGGUCAUCACUUUUCGCAUUUGUUCUUCGCAAAAGGUGGAUUCCCUGAUUUUAUUUCGCGACCAUACUUAUAUCAUUAUUUCGAACUACAGGAUUGCCUCGUAGACCAAUACGUAGAAGAGUUCAAAAGGUUCCUCGCCUUUAGGAAAAACGAAAGCGAUAGAAUUAAUGGCUUCUACACCUUGAACGAAAACAUUGCGGACAGCGUCGGUCUGAAAGCCGCUUUCUACGCCUACAAGCGACUCAACGGCCCAAAACGUAAGCUGGUGGACUUCGAAAAUUACUCUACAGAACAGCUUUUCUUCGUGUCCAAUGCUCAUCUUAUGUGCUCGAGUGAAACGAAGCAAUUCACGGAAUACACCAUUUUUAACGAAGUGCACAGCCCUUUUCGGUUUAGAGUCAAUUUGCCGAUGGCAAAUUUCGACGAGUUCGCCAGGGCGUGGGGCUGCCCUUUAGGAACCAAGAUGAAUCCUCAUAAGAGGUGCGUCGUUUGGUAGACGUCAACGAUUACUUUUGAUGUUCAUUUUAUUGUUUGGCUUAAUAAAAGGGGAAAAUCUAUAUCUAUACAAAUUGAUUUUAUGAUUUAUUUCCGUAAGUCAAAGUGGAUGGGAUUUACUGAUUUGGAAAAUUCUUUUGAACUGCUACGUCAGCUCUCUUGUUUUCUCCGUAAUACUAUUAAAUAUAAUUCAUAAUUGUUAGUCAAUUAGUUGUGUGAUUGUAUCAGUUUAUAAAUAAUAAGCAAGCUCUGCAAGUGAGAUAACUGCAUUCCAAAAAAGUAGAAUUCUCUUUUUGCAAUUAUGGCCGCACUUGACAUUAACUGAUUUCUCAAAAAUAUAAAGUCAUUAUUAAAGUCAAGAUUUUUUAAGAGAGCACUCGGCCUAUCAAACUGUCUUAUUAACUGGCCGACACUAGCUUCUUUGUAGACGAUUCAGCUGCUAGAUUUGCUCUUGCUCACACCGAAAAUUAUUGUAAAUUUAUUCAAAACCAUUGGUUUAAGAUUUUCCUGACUGAGCCGGGGUUUUUCGACACGCCCGCGAUAAUCGACCAGAGAUGGAAAGUCGCAUGUGCUACACAAAGAGGCACACGCUAACACGGCAUGCAUAUAAAGGUUUCAAUUAUCUUCUGUGUAAAAUAGAAUAAUUCCAAUGUGAAGCCCUUCCUGCUGACUUUGUUUGUAAACUUUGUGAUAAGAGCAUGGACUUUUGUCAUUUUCUGAGCUGUGAUAGAAAUCAGAUGAGUCUGACCCAAGCUGAAAAAAUGCCAGCUUAAUGACUUUUAAAAUAUUAUUAUUUUAUAGAAUCUGUUGUACACAAAUUGAGUUUAAAUAAAUUGAUUGAUUUAAAAUAUGAGGCAAUUCUCGAUACAUGCAUUAUACUUUUUUGUAUAAAAACGUGACGAUCUAUAUUAAAGUGAAUCUAUUGAAAUUGUUAUUUAAAUACGACAAAUAUUUUAAAGAAUCUGAGAAGAUAAAAUUGGAAAUGUUAAUUAUAAUUACAAAACAUUGUCCUUCGUAUUUUUCAUUUUAAAAUCGUGACAACCCAAAACAUUUUCUACGUCAUUUAUUGAUUUAACUUGCACGCAGCUGUUGCAAUUUACCGCAAGCUUCUGUUCGCGGCAGGUAUUUUGCUUAUCAUCUUUUUGUUUCCAAUCUCUAUGCAACAUUUUUAUUUUAACUCGCAAUCGGUGAUGUUUUCAUAGUUUUAUCAAAGAUAGCUCGUACAAAAGAAUAUCAACUCUCUACACGCCAACUGAAAAACCUUUACCUUUGAUUAUUGUUGCGUACCGUGUUAACGACUGCAGCUGGGAGAACACCUUUGGUAUAUCGGAAAUGGUAAAUAGAUUAAAUGCGUGGUUGUUAUUAGAAUCAUUUCUUUACUCCCGAAUUUAUAGUUUUGUUUCAGCCAAUCUGUACUCCGUUGCAUUUUGAUUG